UGAUCUCACUACGAUUCUCUCGCGCUUGACGCUGCUUUAGAGAGACCGAUAUCUCACCCCCUUUUGACUGUCGACCGGAUCGUCACCAAAAACUAUCCCCUCCCUACACACUUCGGAACGUCCGUUUCCACCUUGGUCGUAUCUCCUUUUUUUUAUAUCCUCGUCGUCCUCACUCCGAACGUCGCCCAAUUUUUGCAUUUCUGCAAAUAUGUCUUCGACAGGCACUCCUGACCCUGCCACCACCCCAUGCUCUUCCACCACAGCAGUAGCUACGGCAACUUCGUCUCCCUCGGAAUCCUCGACUCCAUCCCCAGCCAUGUCCAAUGCUACAACGGCUACUGCUCCCUCCGCACGCCGACCUCAAAGAAAGAGCACUUUGACGCAACAGCAGAAGAACAACAAACGCCAGCGUGCGACUCAGGAUCAACUGGUCACCCUCGAAGUCGAAUUUAACAAAAACCCUACCCCUACCGCCGCUACCCGCGAGAGAAUUGCUCAGGAAAUCAAUAUGACGGAGCGGUCCGUUCAGAUCUGGUUCCAAAAUAGACGCGCCAAGAUCAAGAUGCUUGCGAAGAAGAGUAUCGAAACCGGGGAAGGAUGCGAUUCAAUCCCUGAAUCAAUGCGCCAAUACCUAGCAAUGCAGUUCGAUCCGAGCAAGCCUGGCGCAAGAGACCCUUUCGGCCGGACAGGAGGGUACGGGACCAAUGGGGCUUACACGCAGGAGCCCACUCCUUCCGGCAAAGUUGUUAUUCAUCACUUCACAUGUCGUUCCUUGACAAUCGGCAGCUGGCGCCGCAUUGGACAAAACGCAAUGGACCUCGUUGUCUUCUAUUCUCCUGAAAAAGCAUGCAUGACUUACUACAUCAACAACGAUUCUGCCGGAUACAAGAUCGAAUACCCCUUUUCCUACAUCAAGAACAUCACGUUGGAGUCUGGUGACCAGACCCCCGGUCCGAAUGGCGCUCCAACGCGGACAGGCGGUCUGGUCGUGGAAUUGAAUCGACCUCCACUGUUUUACAUGGAUUCAUCCAACUCUGGUGGCUUUUAUCAAUGCGGUGAUUUCACGGAAGAUCAGCAAGCAAGCCAAAUUCUAGUCCAUCAUCUGGGAGGCCAUCCCAAGGUUCUUAGCGUUCAGCUGGCUAAACUCGUAUCCCUAGAGUCGUUCCAGAAUCGCCUGGCUUAUAGCAACUUUGCUAUGAACCCACCCAUGUCGCCUCCUUUCAUUCAGCGUCCUGCCUCGCAACCCAACCAAUUCGCGCAAGCGUAUAUGAAUAUGUUUCCCGAGACCCCAACUCACCUGACCGUGCAGGCGGCCCGUGGCCACAAGCGGCAACGGAGUCGCUCAGUUCCGGUAGCUGUCGACUUCUCUGCAAUGCAGGCGCCGCUUGCCCAAUACAAUUUCUCCCAGACUCCUGCCCACUUUGGCCAACCUGACACAGGGAUCUUUGCCCCAAUUCCGCAAUCGACUCAUCCACUGGCUCUGAAUUUGCGAAUUGAUACAUCUGCUGCCUUCGGGUUUGAUCCGCGAGCCCAUCCCAUGUCGGCUACUACCACUGCUUCUCCAUCUGAGUUCGCUAGCCCAGGCCUCUUCAGUACUGGUGCAGGUGGAGACUCGACCCCUGUUGCUACCAGCAUGGGAACGCCAUUCAGCUUGCCAUUUGUCACGCCCGCUGUCGACUCCGCUGUCGCACACCAGACGGCCACAUACCCUAGCAUUGGUCAUGCCGACCCUAUGAUUGCCAACCACUCGCCACCGCUCUCCAACAUCUCGCACACAUCACAGGACAUGUAUGGUUUGGGUGCCGAGCACCCAACUAGUUACUCAGACGAGGGGAUGGGCAUGAAUGGAAUGUACACCAAGCACAACAUGACUUUCAACGUUCCUCAAUCCAUGGGCCUCGAAAGUGGUGCUUUCGACCUGUCCAUGCAGCCGAUGUCUGGACACACCUCUCCUGGUGUUCACGGCGAAUUCCAGAGUUUGACUCUAGAGAAUGUGGAUUCUAAUGCACUGGCGCGCGGCUCCUGAGAAUGACUACAUGUUUCCCACAAAAAGAAUCAAAAUCUCGGCUCCCGAGCUUUCUCCAGCCGUCUUUGUCAGAUCGAGAGUCGUGAUGACGAUUCGGGCUUGACCUUGACCGGAAAUGUCACUCAGGUUCAGGCACUAUUCGCUUGACCCCCUCUCCAGGGCUAAUGAUCAUCUUUUCAGACUUUUCCUGAGACCUUGCGUCGAAUCACUUCGAUACGAAGGAUUUCAGUCUUUCUUACAUUGUGCUCUAAGCGUGUCUUAUUCUGUACUAUUACUCUUCUCUGUGGCUGGUCCUGAGCGUUACACAGCGCCUUCUCUUUCAUUCUUCAAUAAGCACACCUGGCUGGGCUUUUUUUGGAUGCUUCUCUACCGUCCCUGACCAUUAUUCAUUUUUC